UGUUAAAAAGAAAGACAGAAAGAAGCUGUUGUGUGCAGACGAUCCCAGCACUUAGUAGGUGGAAGAAGGGUCAGAAGUUCAAGAUCAUUCUAGGUUACGUGGUGAGUUUGAGGCCAGGCCAGGCUGCUUGGGAUCCUGUCUCAAAAUCAAAACAAUACAGAAACAAUAAAAAAGAGAUACUUGAACAAAUAUCGGAAUAACAUUAUUUAUUUAGUGUGUAUGUGUGUACGUUAUUAGGUCAGCGGGUCUACAUAGUGAGUUCCAGGACAGCCAGAACUACAUAGCGAGACGUCUUGAGGUCCCUGCCCCCAAAUAAUAUUAUCUAUUUUAUACAAUACUGCGGUAUUUUCACAUACUAUUAUUUUACAUAUUAUUAUAUGCAGUACAUGGUACCACCAGGGGUGACUCCCUUAAUAAUAGCACCUGACUAUUUCCUCUUCCACAAUCUUAUAGGUUUUUUUAUUCUUAAAAAAAAAUUUUUUUUUUUGGUUCUUUUUUUCGGAGCUGGGGACCGAACCCAGGGCCUUGCUCUUCCUAGGCAAGCGCUCUACCACUGAGCUAAAUCCCAAACCCCUAUUCUUAAAAUUUUUAUUGGAUAUUUUAAAUUUACAUUUCAAAUGUUAUUCCCUUUCCUGGUUCCCCGGACAUAAGCCCCUUAUCCCAUCCUCCUCCCCUUCUUCUCUAAGGGUGUUCCCCUCCCCAUCUCUCCCUUUCCACCCCUCCCACAUUCCCCUACACUAGCGGUUCAACCUUGGCAGGACCAAGGGCUUCUCCUUCCAUUGGUGCCCGACAAGGCCAUCCUCUGCUACAUAUGCAGCUGGAGCCAUGGGUCAGUCCAUGUGUACUCUUUGGAUGGUGGUUUAGUCCCGGGGAGCUCUGGUUGCCUAUUAGGCAAGCGCUCUACCACUGAGCUAAAUCCCCAACCCCUCAGUUCAUUUUUCUGCUUUAAAUUGGGAACAUUUCCCUUAAGGUAAUUUAGUGUCUGCACGGGGACAGCCUGAGACACUAGUCUGGAUCCCAACCAGAGAACUGCUGCAAAUGUCUAGCUCGCUUAGUGACUUCUCCCUUUCACUCGCACCUGUGCUUGGGCGCCGCUCCUGUCUUUGACUUGCCCUCCACCACCUAAGUCCGAACGAAGUCCUCCAGUUCCAGGAAAGGACUGCGUCUCUCCUGGAACUGUGAAUUUCCAGUGAGACCUGCAAGCAUAGGGGCGGAGUCAGGGCGCGGCCGGGGCGGGGUCAACAAGCGAUGGAGGCGGAGUCAGUGAGUCGCGGAGGCGGGGCCAGUAAGCGGUGGGGCGGGGCCUCUUGCUAACGGUCGCCGACUCCAGGUGGUUCGCCAGCCCUGCUGUGGGAAGUCGUAGAGCGUGACCUGCGUCAGUUGGAACCCGGUGGAUCACCUAGCUGGCCCGGAAGUAUCCGGUGAGCUGCGACUCUGACUGCCUGCUGUGGCAUCCAUUCGACGGCGCGGGACCACGCCCCAGUUCUUAGGGCUUGUGCCUGAGCUGAGAGGAAACCCGCGCGGCAUCGCACGCGCCGACGUCCCGAAGAUUUAAAGCAUGGCUAAGUUCUUCGCACUGAAGAACUUCACUGCACUUUCAGAUCUUCAUCCAAAUAUGGCUAAUCUGAAAAUAAUCGGAAUAGUUAUUGGGAAAACAGAUGUCAAAGGCUUUCCAGACAGAAAAAAUAUCGGAUCAGAAAGAUACACCUUUAGUUUCACCAUUCGUGACUCACCAAAUCACUUUGUGAAUGUGUCCUCCUGGGGCAGUGAAGACUACAUCCGCUCGCUGUCUGACAACUUUAAGGUUGGUGAGUGUGUGAUAAUUGAAAAUCCCCUGAUCCAAAGAAAGGAGACAGAAAGAGAAGAAAGGUUUAGCCCUGCAACUCCUAGCAACUAUAAACUAUUGCUCAGUGAGAAUCACUCAAUGGUAAAAGUUUGUUCCCCUUAUGAAGUGGACACCAAGUUACUUUCUUUGAUACACUUGCCUGUUAAAGAGUCUCGGGAUUAUUACUCAUUGGCUGACAUUGUCGCAAAUGGACACAGUCUAGAUGGGAGGAUUAUUAAUGUGCUUGCAGCUGUGAGAUCGGUUGGAGAGCCAAAGUACUUUACAACUUCAGACCGAAGAAAAGGCCAGAGGUGUGAGGUUAAACUCUUUGAUGAAACAGAGCCUUCUUUCACAAUGACAUGUUGGGAUAACGAAUCCAUUCUACUUGCACAGAGCUGGAUGGCCCGAGAAACAGUAAUAUUUGCUUCCGAUGUGAGAAUAAAUUUUAACAAAUUUCAGAACUGCAUGGCAGCAACCGUAAUCUCAAAAACCAUUAUCACAGUGAAUCCAGAUACACCAGAAGCCAAUAUCCUACUGAAUUUUAUAAGAGAAAAUAAAGAGACAAGUAUAGCUGAUGAAAUUGACAGUUAUUUGAAAGAAUCUGUAAACUUAAACACAAUAGUUAAUGUCUAUACAGUGGAACAGUUAAAAGGAAAAGCUUUGGAAAAUGAAGGAAAAGUGGAUCCUUUCUAUGGCAUCCUUUAUGCUUACAUUUCUACAUUGAACAUUGAUGAUGAAACUACCAAAGUAGUUAGAAAUAGAUGUUCCAGCUGUGGUUAUAUUGUAAACGACGCCUCCAAUACUUGCACAAUUUGCAGCAAAGAUUCUUCUAGAUCUAGAUCUUUUUGUCUCAGUUUUGAUGUGCUGGUUGAUCUCACUGACCACACUGGAACCCUCCGUUCCUGCAGUCUCUCAGGCAGUGUUGCUGAGGAGACUUUGGGCUGCACGAUAAACGAGUUUCUCACAAUGACAAGUGAACAGAAAACAAAGCUGAAGUGGCAACUCCUUUUGGAAAGAAGCAAAAUUUACUUAAAAUUGAUUUUGUCACACAGGGCAAGGGGUGGACUGAAAGUCACCAUUCUCUCCUGUAAGCUCGCAGAUCCUAUUGAGGCGAGCAGGGACCUGGCUGGACAAGGACACACUUAAAACCCGAUUUAGUUCCAAAUUCUGGGAAACAUAGACAUUUAACUCUGAAGAUGCCUAGAUGUGGUAAACUAUUUCUGAGACUGUCACUGUUCCUUCUGGAGUUAGCUCAGCCCCCUGGAAUACCAUUCUACUAGCUUUACCCUAUCUUCUCUAACACUGGGAGAUACUGCUUAUGUACAGAAAUAAACAUGCUUGAUCUUCCUCA